AGUCCCGGCUGAGGCUGCAUCAGGUGUUUUUAGACGUCGCAUUGUCUUGUCCACGGUCCAUAAAAUUGUGCUUACGGGAACUUCGUUGACUUAUGUGAGAUACACUUUAAAAAGGACGGUUGAUCAGGUUUAGAUGACCUGAGGUCAUUUGUUGACCUGAAACAAACCAUAUUAUAUUCUAUAAAAGCGUAUGAAGGCAUUGUUGGUCGAGACUGAACCGAGCUGCUAUCGACCGUCCUGACAUCUAUUUUGUUCUUAGCUGCGGCGACAUCUGUGUCAUGUCUAGUGUUUAUUAGCAACACUUUCGGUAUAUUUUCAUUCUAAAGUGAAAUGAAUUGCAAAAGUUGAAUUUCUUUCGAUUAAUUUAAAUAUUGUUUUUGCUUUUAGAUGAUUGAGGAUCAGUUACGUGAAUUAAUAAUGCAAUAUUGCUUAUUUGAAAAGUUUUUGCAGCAUUUUACUUAGCACUGCAGCCUGCACUUCCAAAUUUGCUUUCUGCGACCUUGAAAAGUUUCUGAUUGUGGCGCAGGGGGAAAUUACCGAUUUACAAAUUUUUCCUGUGUUGUUUUUCGCUCAUUUCAAUUUAUGCAGAAUAAGUGACUAAGUAGCAUCUUCCGGAAUUAAAAAGGGACCGAAUAUUUCUUGUUUUAUGUUAUCUCUUGCUGCUCGACCGGCGCUGACCUUGAGAGUUUGUAUACGGACAGCGGCUAUCGCUUCAUUCAAGCCACAGCUCUCGACGAUGGCAGGUGGAAAGCGUGUUACGGUGGUGGGCUCCGGCAACUGGGGCUCAGCCAUUGCCAAAAUUAUAGGAAGCAAUGUGACGAAAUUCGACCAGUUUCAAGAUGAGGUCAAGAUGUGGGUUUUCGAGGAGAUGGUUGAGGGUAAGAAGCUCACUGAAAUCAUCAAUACAACCCAUGUGAACGUCAAGUAUCUUCCAGACCACAAGCUGCCAGAAAAUGUUGUUGCCGUUCCUGACCUGGUCGAAGCAGCGAAGGACGCUGACAUCCUGGUGUUUGUUGUGCCACAUCAGUUCCUGCACAGAACACUGAAAACUCUGGAGGGAAAAGUGAAGCCAGAUGUAAUUGGAUUGUCGCUGAUCAAGGGAUUCCACUUGAAACCAGAGGGUGGAAUAGAGCUCCUGUCUCAUAUCAUUGAGGACAUUUUGAAAAUCAAGUGUAGUGUGCUCAUGGGUGCCAAUCUUGCUCCUGAAGUUGCUGCUGAAAAGUUUUGUGAGACAACCAUUGGCUGCCGAAGCCCUGGCAAUGAACAAAUGCUCAAGGACCUGAUCCAAACCAGCUACUUCCGUGUCAUGGUGGUGUCUGAUGCCAAUGCUGUCGAGCUCUGUGGUGCCCUGAAGAACAUUGUGGCCUGUGGUGCUGGCUUUGUGGAUGGCCUCGGUUAUGGUAACAACACCAAGGCGGCAGUGAUCCGGCUGGGACUGAUGGAGAUGAUCAAGUUUGCCGAGGUGUUCUACCCCGGCUCUCUGCUAGCCACGUUCUUUGAGAGCUGUGGCGUUGCUGACCUGACCACCACCUGCUAUGGUGGCAGGAACCGCCGAAUCUCUGAGGCCUUUGUGAAGACGGGGAAGACAAUCGAGGUUCUGGAGAAGGAGAUGCUGAACGGCCAGUGCGCCCAGGGCCCGGAGACGGCCCGGGAGGUCUACGUCAUGUUGGAGAGGGAGAAGAGCCUGGAGAAGUUCCCGCUGUUCGUGGCCAUCCACAGAAUAUGCAUCGGCGAGCUGCCGCCGACCGGGAUGAUCGACUGCAUCAGGGAGCACCCCGAGCACCUAGAGCAGAGAACUCAACUCUAGACUCAGUCGCCACAGUCACCGCCACACGGACUCAGAACGGUGAGUGAUACGACGUCUCAGACG